GAGAAAAAGAAUUCCAUUCAAUUUCAUAUCAUCAUUUCAUUUCCCUCUCAUUACAGUUUGAUUCAAAAAAAGCAAGCGUUACAAAUUUCCCUUACAUUUCUAGGGUUUUUAGAUUCACAGUAUACAUAAGCUAUCGUCUCCCCCAAAACAAACCCUCUGCUAAUUCUCCAACAAGUUCGGAAGAUAGUACGGAAUCACCACUUUGAUCAGACGCGCUUCAAUUUCAGAAGGCUUGGAUUUACAUGUAUAGUAGCCACCGUAUUGAUCGACACUCGCAAAUGGCGACCAAUUGUGGUUCUCUUUUAUCCGAGCUACAGAAAAUAUGGGAUGAGGUUGGAGAAGUCGAUAAUGAAAGGGAUAAGAUGCUUUCUGAACUCGAACAAGAGUGUUUGGAUGCAUAUAGAAGGAAAGUUGAUCAUGCAAACCGCUUUCGAGUUCAGUUGAGACAAGCAGUUGCAGAUGCUGAAGCACAGAUGGCAGACAUUUGCUCUGCUUUGGGAGAUCGACCGGCUCAUAUAAUGAAGGGUUCUGGGAGCUUGAAGAAAGAGCUUCAAGCGAUUAUGCCUCAAUUAGAAGAUAUGAAAAAGAAAAAAAACGAGAGGAAGGGUCAAUUUGCAGAGGUUCUGAGACAAAUAAAUAGUAUCUCUAACGAGCUUUCAGGAUCCAAGGACGAGAACCUUAGCCCAAUGGUUAUUGAUGAGAAUGAUUUGUCCAUGAAAAGAUUAGAUGAUUUACGAAAGCAGUUGCUUAUUUUGCAAAAAGAGAAGGGUGAGCGCCUGAAGGAUGUGCAUGAUCAAUUGAAUGUUCUUAACGGUCUUUGUGUGGUGCUCGGUAUGGAUUUCAAAUUAACAGUUUGCGGUGUUCAUCCAAGUUUGGAUGACUCUCGUGGCACGAGAAGUAUAAGUAAAAAUACAAUAGAGAGAUUAUCCGGUACAAUAUGCAAGCUUAAGGAUGUUAAGUUGCAGCGCAUGCAAAACCUUCAAGAUCUUGCAAUGGCAAUGGCGGAGCUUUGGAAUCUGAUGGACACACCAGUUGAGGAGCAACAGAUGUUUCAAAAUGUAACACGAACACUUGCUCUUGAAGAAAAUGAAAUAACAGAAGCCAAUAGUCUAUCUUUGGAGUUCAUCAAUAAUGCUGAGGCAGAAGUUAUGAGGCUUCAAGAAAUGAAAACGAGAAAAAUUAAGGAAGUUCUUUUGAAAAAGAAAUUGAUUUUAGAGGAAAUUUGUCGAGGAGCACACAUGGUUGUUGGAGGAAAUCUUGGAAUGGAUCUUUCUGUCGAAUCUAUUGAGUCAGGGGCAACAAGUCCAUCUGAUCUUCUAGAACAGUUAGAAGUUCAGAUAUCCAAGGUUCAAGACGAAGCUUUUAGCAGAAAAGAGAUUCUUGAAAAGGUUCAAAAAUGGUUGGCUGCUUGUGAAGAGGAAUGUUGGCUGGAGGAGUACAAUAGGGACGACAAUCGUUAUAAUGCUGGGAGAGGCACUCAUCUUAUGUUAAAGCGUGCUGAGAAAGCUCGUCUGCUUGUCAACAAAAUUCCAGCAAUGGUGGACACACUGAGAUCAAAAGCAAAAGCUUGGGAGAAAGAAAGAAAAAUCGAGUUCCUUUACGAUGGUGUUGGUCUUCGAUCCAUGGUCGAUCAGUACUGCGAGUUGAAGCAUUUGAAAGAACAAGAGCGCCAAAAGCAGAGGAAUCAGAAGAAGCUCCAGGGGCAUUUAAUGACAGAACAAGAAGCCAUAUACGGGUCGAAACCGAGUCCAACGAAGAGUGGAAGCAAGAACUAUAGACCUUCAACUGGCGGCGGCGGUGGUGGUGGUGCUGCUAAUAAGAGGUUUUCAUUAGGAGGGGCUGCUCUUCAAAACACGCUUAUGAAGAAUAAUAAUCCUCUAAAGCGGCAAACUUCUAAUAUUCAUCACCAGAGUGGCUUCUUGGCUCAUUCUUCGGGCAAGAAGAACACAUCAGUUGGCCCUAUGAAACACCACUCCACAAAUGCAUCAAGCAGCACGCGUAGCAACGGGCCGUCGGCUCUGCGUAAGGCUCUCUCUCCCAUAUCAUCACUAUGCUCGAAUAUAAUUUCCUGCAACUUCGAGGACCAGAAUGCAAAUAUCAAUGAGUUCAAGGACCCACACACUGCGUGUAAAACACCGACGAAGAUGCCGGUUCCAACUCCGGCCACUCCUCCAACGGUGUCUAACGCAAUGCAAACCGCUACGACCCCUUUCACACCGGGGGUGGUGCGCGGUAACGAAGAAGUAGUGGAUUAUUCUUAUGAGGAGAGAAGAGCUGGUUUUGACAUUAUGCCUAAAUCAUUUUCUAAGCCUUUGUUUUGAGUCAGUGACGGUUAUUUUUAUGCUACACUCAGUGAAGACUAUAUCGGGUGAUCUUUUAUCGUUUAUCUACAGACCAAUGUGGGUGUGUGUAUCACUCGGUGUAGCAUAUAAUAGACAAAUUAGUGACUUUGUAAAAUCAUUAAGGAAUUUUAAUGAGGGAUUUUUCACUUUUAAUUUUUAAA